GGUACAAAAGAGGUCGCCACCGGUCGAAGGGACGGCGCAACAAAAACGAAAAAGGAAGUAAAUCGUGCGAGUUUUGAGAACUACAUACGAAGUGUAACAAGCAUGUAAUUGCUGUCAAUUCGGCACCAGGUAUUUGACUCCUAGUCGACGCCUAACCCCUCCUUCCUGUAAUCACGGCCCUUGCUUUAAUUCCAAUUAAGAACGCAUCUUAGAUUAUUCGAGAACCGGGCUGAGCUGCUGCACAUAGGUGCUUCCGCAACGUGUUCGACCACGAAAUAUGCCAGAGAUAACGGAAAUUCCACCAGAUGAUGGACCUGUACCGCGAAAGGGAUCUCCUGUACAGGACAUUGGAAACGGCGAUGGUCCUAGAGCUACUCUUGACAAAGAAUCGGACGACGAUGACUUGAGCGACAUGCCACCUCUUGAGGACUUCGCGGACGAUACUCCGAACAAGAACCAAGGAAAAAAGAUAGUGAUUGAGGACGAAGAGCCGAAAAGUACGGACGAGGAAGGAUGGCUCGAUAUUCUGGGCAGUGGGGAGCUGAAGAAAAAGGUCAUCAAGCAAGGCGAAGGAAGAGACAGCAGACCACAAAGGUCGGACUGGAUCACCAUAAACUUGACCGGAAAACUGAGCGAUGGAAAAGUUGUUGAACGAAAUGAAAACUGGAAGAUUGUCUUGGGGGACCUGGAGGUAGUUUGUGGUCUCGACAUGGCAAUGGCCCUCAUGGAAAAGGGUGAAGUUGCUGAAGUAGUUGUGCCUCCAAGAUUUGGUUAUGGCGCUUUGGGAAAGGAGCCAGACAUUCCACCGAAUGCUACUUUGCACUAUGAGGUUGAGCUUAUUAGCUCUCAAACCGCGAAAGACGAAACUGAGCUUCCGUUUGAAGAUCGUCUGAGAAUAGGAGACCAGAAACGUGAACGAGGUAACUUCUGGUACAGCAGGUCCGAAUGUUCGAAUGCUACACGUUGCUACAGAAGAGCCCUGGACUUUCUAGAUGACAUGGGAUUGAACGUCUCGGACUCGCCAAAGGACCUUCAGCAGUUGCUAGACCUCAGGUUGAAGGUGUACAAUAACCUUGCAGCUGCUCAAAUGAAGAUGGGGGCACAUGAAGCAGCGUUAAAGUCCGUGGACACUGUGCUGAAAGUGCAGCCGAACAAUGUGAAAGCCUUAUUCCGCAAAGGGAAGAUACUGGCACACCAGGGUGAUGUAUCGGAAGCUGUGGAUGUUCUCAAAAGGGCUUUAAAGCUGGAGCCAGAAACAAAAGUAAUACAGCAGGAACUAGCAAGACUGGUAGUCAAGAAGAAAACUCAAGACCAAGCUGAGAAGGCAAUGUAUCGACGCAUGUUUGCCAGCACCCCUGACAAAGAGGAAGAGCAAAAAAAGCACAGUCGAUCCCGGGCACGCACUUGGAGCUUGGUAGCUGGAGCAGUAGUGGCUAUGACAGCAGUGGGCAUUGCAACAUACAAACAUUUUCAUUUAUGAGGAUGUUUUAGCUUGCGUGAUAGCCGAGGUGUGCGAUCCCAGUGCAAAAGACUGUUCCAUUGUUAACCCCAGCACAGUACCAUUGGCGUUGCAUCACAGUGGUUUGUUUAUAUGGUGGAGAGAGUACGCCAUUGCCUCGCUACCUUAGGAUAAGGAAGAGCUAAGUUUUCUUCUUUUUUUGAAUGAACCCGCAUUAAAUAAAGCUGUUUUGCAUGAUUGGA